AUGCCUCCCAAGCCGAAGAAGACUCCCGCCGCCGCCCCAGCUGCUUCCGGCUCGAAGGCGCCCGCAAAGGCAGCCCCAGCCGCCAGCAAGGCUCCAGCUGCGAAACCGGCCGAAAAGAAGCCCAAGGUGGCUGCCAAACCUGCCGCGAAACAGCCCAAAUCGGCCGCUUCUGCCAAGUCGAAGGCUCUCACCACCCAGAGCAAGGUGAAGAAGGGUAACUUCCAAAAGAGAACCCGAAAGAUCCGCACCUCUGCCACCUUCCGCCGACCGCACACCAAGGUUUUGCCGCGCAACCCAAAGUUCCAGCGAAACAGUGUGCCCAAGCGCAGUGCUCUGGACAAGUUCUCCAUCAUCAAAUACCCGCUCACCACCGAGUCGGCCAUGAAAAAGAUCGAGGACAACAACACCCUGGUCUUCAUUGUGAACCUUAAGUCCAACAAGCGCCAGAUCAAGGACGCCGUCAAAUCGCUGUUUGACAUUGAGGUCUCAAAGGUGAACACCCUGGUCCGUCCUGACGGUGAGAAGAAGGCGUACGUCAAACUUUCCGCCGACUUUGAUGCCCUCGACGUGGCCAACAAAAUUGGAAUUAUAUAA